UCGGCUGCCCCCUGUCGGCCAUUAGCAGUCCUGUCUCAUUCUGUUGUGUGGAGGGCGAACGACGUUCCCGGAGAUUUUGCACUUUUCAGACUCUUAAUGUGAUAAAAACCAUGGCUGGUAUUAAAGCACUGAUCAGUCUUUCCUUUGGUGGAGCCAUCGGCCUCAUGUUUCUGAUGCUUGGUUGUGCCCUGCCUGUCUAUAAUGAAUACUGGCCUCUCUUUCUGCUCUUCUUCUACAUUCUGUCCCCUAUCCCUUACUGCAUCUCGCGGCGGGUGGUGGACGACACUGACUCGGCUAGUAACGCCUGCAAAGAGCUAGCCAUAUUUCUCACUACUGGGAUCGUCGUGUCAGCCUUUGGGCUGCCCAUCAUAUUUGCACGUGCUAGUGUGAUCGCCUGGGGAGCAUGUGCUCUUGUUCUGACGGGCAACAUAGUCAUCUUCGGCACCAUUCUGGGCUUCUUCCUUGUCUUCGGAUCAAACGAUGACUUCAGCUGGCAGCAGUGGUAAAUGGGAGACUGGGAGCGACGUCUGAACUGUUUUUAUUAUACACAUUCUUAUUAUGACUAUUGUUGUUGUUAUUAUUGUUGUCCUUAUUAUUUAUAGCCACCACCCAUCUGUUUUGACAGGAAGUCAGUGCAAUAAUUUGUUGCUGGGAUCAGUCCGACCUCAGAAAGUUUGUUUUCUUUCUUCCUUUUUUUCUUUUCUGUUCUUUGGUUUGUGCAUAAGCUUCCCUUGUAGGCUUUUCCAGUGUUUAAGCAAAGGUACUAUCAAUGCUUCACUUCAUAGCAGGAUCUGCUGAACGUGCAAUGGCUUUAGUUAAGAUGGACUGAAUGUUCCCGCAUGGAAGUCCCACGUUCUUUAGUCAAGCUUUUGCGACCUGAAACAUUACUCUGAGCUUAAAGAGUGAACGUAGCUCAUUAAAUUCCUAAGCCUUUACUGGGUUAGUUAAAGGGAAAAAUCAAAUCUGCAUAGUUUUCCCCCCUACCUCAAGUGUAGUUGAUCAGCCAAGACACGUGUCAAAUUUUCUUGGCACUACAAGGCUAAUAAUGAAAGCUUCACUAAUAAGCGUAGUAUAAACUGCAUGCCUAUAUUGCACCUGUCACAUACCUAAAAACAGUAUUAGCCAUCAUCUUGUUUAAUGCGUGCAGUUUUAACUAAAUGCUAAUUAGGAAGGAGAAAGGUGAUAUAAGCUUUCAUUUACUGUUACCCACAUCAACUUCAUAGGUCUAGUGCAAAAUGAAAGAAUGGGUUGGCUGAUGAACUACAUUUGGAGGAAGGAGAAAAAUCUACGGAUUUAGUUUUCUUCUGUGAAUUUAGUUUCUUGCUUAACUGCCAGGAGAAAUUAACUUUAGUUCAAACGUUGAGUUCUCAUUAAGAGUGGUUUGAUGUGAAAUGAUGCAGAGAAAUUUAUAGAUAGAUUUCUUUACAGUGCUGGUGAUAGGAACCAGCGGUAUAUCUGAGGUAAAUAGGUGUAAAUAGUCGUUUUCUUUGGGGACUGUUUUGCCUUACAAAACACCCUGCAUGUACCCUGCCAUAAUCAUUUAAAAAUAUUAAUAAAUAUAAAUUAAGCCAAAACUUAUAGAAUCAUAAAAUGAUGCUUCAGACAUCAGGCAACAUAUGUGUAACCAUUUCAUGGGAUAACAUUCUGUGAGGGAGCUUUCAGAGGCAUUAAACUCAGAUGUCUGGUUCCUAUCACCACCACUGUAAAAAUAAAUAAAUAAAUAAAUAAAAUCACUAAGUUUCUUUAGAACAGAGCAUUUCACAUUAAAUCACUCUGACUGACUUUGUUUACAUCUUUACUAUUUGAUUAUGCAGAGAAUUUGAAAAAUUGGUUGAAUUACCAGUUACAGAGGAGAUUGGGCUACACUGUAUGUCAGCAGAUUCCUGUCAGCCAGUGCAUUUCUGAUUUAAAUAAGCUUUGAAACUUGUCGAAGGCCUUUCUUUAGUCUCUGUUAACUGCACACUCCAUAAUGUGGAGAAUGUCCAUAUCCAUUAGCUUCAGCUUCACAUGAGUGGAUUUAUUGGUGACUGAGCUGUGUCUUUAAAACUUUAAUAUUUGUUGUUCAUGUCACAGAUGGGUAAUGUUCCUAAUUUAUUGAAGUCAUAUACACUGUCGGCUGCCACUGUUGCACCGUGAGACGAUUGUACUGCUUUUACGUUCUGUGAACAGCUCCAUCGGACCUGUAGGUCCUAAUGCCAGUGCUGUGUUUGUACUGGGCUCUCAGAAAUGAUUCCCUUUACUCCUGCUUAUGUAGUAUAAAAUUGCAAAUUAGUGGAAAGGUUACGUGGUGAUGUGUCUCUUGACUUGUGAUGUACACUGCGCACUCCACCUAAUGUACACUACACUGCUAGUGUGAAGUAAUUCUGAGAAAUCAGUGGGGCUGGCCCGAAUUUUAAUAUUCGAGAAUGUUGGCAUUAAUUUUCUUAUAUAGUAUUCAGAAGCUUUUUCUUAAGACCCACCCCAAAUACGCCCAUAGAUUCCUGACAGUUCAGAUUUGAAGGCCUAUUUGUCACUGUUUUAAACAAAACAUUUAUCAUAAAAACAAGAAAAAAUGGCAAUUAUGUAAUGAUGGACAUGACGUUAGGCCUUAAACUGUCAUGUCCUUGUUAGGAAAUUUUAUAUAAAUGCUGAACACAGGCGCACACCCCUCUAUGAAUUCACGAUGCCAUCCCUUUUCUUUGAAAGUUUGAACCAAGAUAAGUUCAUGAAAGAAAUUUUAAUGGCAAAAAACAUUAAAGCAGUUAGAAAUGUCCACAUACACGUUAAUUUGUUUGGAGUCCUCAGUCCCGAACGAGACGUUGAUCAAAGUUAGUAUUACAGAUCACUAAUCUAUGAUUUUAAGAGAUAUAUGUCUUGAACUUACUUCUGUAUCGCAGCUGCUGUCUAAUUAAGCAAAAAUCCAGUCAGACUUAUCUCUCUUAGUGUGACAUAACAUCUGUCUCACAGCAUCUUUGGGCCAUCUGUUGUAAAAAGGACAGUAUAAAUGCCUAACUGUUACAAAUCGAAAAUGAAACACAUAUCUAAGAUGAGGGUUAGUUAUGUUUUUAAGGGUAAUAUUGAGGACAUGUAUGCGAGUAGUCAUCCGGAAACUCUUAAGUAUUGAAAGUCUGUUACAGGCUCUUCGGGCCAGCCCUAGAAAUCAGUUCUCUUAAAGCCUAUGUUGUACUUCAUUCAUUUUGUCUUGAGCCAGAGGUGGUAAAAGCAAGUCUCAGAACUUUCCACUGUGUAAGCAAAAGCACUGACAAUAUUCUGUUACAUGUUUUUUGUAUUUCAUUUGUUUUUGACUAUUUAUUUGUUUCUUUGUUAUUUUCCAGCAGUGUAGCGUUCGAGUAGAGUGACACUAAUCGUGUUAAGCACAACUGAUUGUAAAAUGAUAAGUUAUUUUAAUGUAUUUAUCAUACACUUGUUACGUUGUAUAAAGACAUAUUACAAGUUUGUUAUAACCCAAUGUCCGAUUCCUUUUAUCCACCAAAGGGUAAAGUCGCAUUUAACCAAGUAACAACUAGAACAUGAAAUGAAAUGCUCUUUCAACCAAGACUGGUCUCUGUAUUGAUAAAGCUAGUGUUGUUCAGUGGGAGUAUAUUCAGGUGAAGGCAGACUGUGAAGGGGUAACAGAAUGAUUCCACUCCCUGAGUUCGUCCAAAGGACUGUAAAAUGUAAAAUGUUUGAUUCAAUCACAAUGCUUGUUUAACCAGAAGCUUUAUGUAGAUGUCCUACGCAGUUUAUAACCACGUACAGAACAAACAUGGUGGUCUUUUUGUUUCUU